GGAUUUCUAGGGUCCCCAUCAGUAGCAUCGCCGAACGCGCUCCACCGAUAUCAUUCCUUCCACAUUCACUCUUCAGUAUUUACAAAUUUUGUUUUUUUGACAAAAUCAUCCAGUUGCUUCCCACGGCUGACUGCACAGAUACUGACAAUAGGUGACUUAUUGAUUCAUUAAACUACUAGAAUCGCGAUGGCAAGUCCUGUGGUGAUAGCUGCUACAGCCCGGCACACCGCAACACUGAUUUUCUUUCAUGGCCUCGGUGACACUGGGCAUGGAUGGGCAAGCGCUAUGGGCUCGAUUCGCUCGCCACAUAUGAAAGUCAUUUGUCCCACUGCACCUACCAUGCCUGUUACCUUGAAUACUGGAUUCCGAAUGCCAUCUUGGUUUGAUCUUCGAUCCUUGGAUGCGACAGGCCCCGAGGAUGAGGAAGGAAUAAUACGAGCUGCUGCAGCCGUUCACGCAAUGAUCGAGGAGGAGGUUUCUGCUGGCAUUCCAACAGAACGAAUUGUCCUCGGUGGAUUUAGUCAAGGUGGCGCACUGGCCCUGUACAGUGCCCUUACAUACAACAAGCCCCUGGCAGGAGUAGUGGCUCUGUCUGCCUGGCUUCCCCUCCACCAAAAAUUCCCAGCUAUUGCAGUGGGAAAUAAGGAUACGCCAGUUCUCCAGUGUCAUGGAGAUUGCGAUCCCAUUGUGCCGUAUAAGUGGGGACAAAUGACGGCUUCACUCCUCAAGCAGUUCAUGGGACGUACGGAGUUCAAGACGUACAGAGAAAUGAUGCAUAGCUCAUCUGAAGAGGAAAUGCGUGAUAUGAAGGCAUUCAUCGAGAAAUAUGUCAAGCCAUAAUGUAGAUGAAUAUAUUUGUACGAAGUACAUAUUGAACAUAAUCUAUAAUUAUCUUUAGACAUAAAUAAUGGCAGUAUCAGCUAAACCAACAGCAAUGAAGAAAAAAAACAAUAAUAAUAAAUAUAGCGAUAACGAUAAACUAGUACUGAGGAGUUGAUAAAUAAAACCUCGAGAUUUUGAGUGAUUUUGGAUGGAAAUAGCGAGGGAAUAAAGUGAGUCCAGUGAGGCAGAGUUAUCUGUGCAAGUAAAUUUCAAUUGUGAUUCUAGGUGACUCAAACUACUGUACAAUCAAUAUAAAUCGUAUGAGAAUACGAUGUACGAAUGAUUAUUUAUAUGUAUAUAUAAUUUUGUGGUCGUCUGCCUCGAACUACUUGACAUUUUAAUGCUUUUAUCCUAGUGAAUUUCGAGAUUUAAAAAAAUGUAUAGUGAAUUCAACGGCGUAAUUAGUCGCAUGCUAUCUAUGAUAACACAAAAAUUGAACCAUAUUUUAAUUAUAUAACUUCGGCUUCCUACGAAUACAGAAUACAACUGUCGAUUAGAUCGUUAAUUUCAUCGAAGUCUUCGAUAUUUUCGGAAUGAGAUUUAUAUUGUUUUCAUUUUAAUUGAAUUUUCUCUUGUCCAUUUUUAGAGAAGUGAAUUAGCAAGGGAAACUAAUAAAGCAAAAAGAGUUUGAUAAUGAUUUAUCAUGUAUCUUUGUAUUAAUCGUAAAUCCUCGAUUGUCUUUGCGACAUGUUAAGUAAAGAAAAUCCACAUUUACUGGGUUUAACAAUGAAGAAUUCGGUGAUGUUAAAAAUAUGUCAAAUGAAGAAUAAACAAAUUCAGACUGUCCA